GAGAAGCGGGCGAGCAGGCGGCAGGCACGAUCCCUGUGCUGAGCAGGCGAGCGAGCGGGAAGACGCAGCCACCUUCCUCACUAGCCAGCCCACAGCGGUUUGUUCCCUUUCUUGGGAGUGCGCCAAUGCCUGGGCCGACCCAAACCCUGUCCCCAAAUGGCGAGAACAACAACGACAUCAUCCAGGAUAACGGGACCAUCAUUCCUUUCCGGAAGCACACUGUGCGCGGGGAGCGUUCCUACAGUUGGGGAAUGGCAGUCAAUGUGUAUUCUACCUCGAUAACCCAAGAGACUAUGAGCAGACAUGACAUCAUUGCAUGGGUUAAUGACAUAGUAUCUUUAAACUACACAAAAGUGGAGCAGCUUUGUUCAGGAGCAGCCUAUUGCCAGUUCAUGGAUAUGCUUUUUCCAGGCUGCAUUAGUUUGAAGAAAGUAAAAUUUCAAGCGAAGUUGGAGCAUGAGUAUAUUCACAAUUUUAAACUUCUGCAAGCAUCAUUUAAGCGAAUGAAUGUCGAUAAGGUAAUCCCAGUGGAGAAGCUAGUGAAAGGACGUUUCCAGGACAACCUGGAUUUUAUUCAGUGGUUUAAGAAAUUCUACGAUGCUAACUACGAUGGGAAGGAGUACGAUCCUGUGGAGGCACGACAAGGGCAAGAUGCAAUUCCUCCCCCUGACCCUGGUGAACAGAUCUUCAACCUGCCCAAGAAGUCUCACCAUGCGAACUCCCCCACUGCAGGUGCAGCUAAAUCAAGUCCAGCAUCUAAACCGGGAUCCACACCUUCUCGCCCCUCCUCUGCCAAAAGGGCUUCCUCCAGUGGCUCAGCAUCCAAAUCUGAUAAAGAUUUAGAAACACAGGUCAUACAGCUUAAUGAGCAGGUACAUUCAUUAAAACUUGCCCUUGAAGGUGUGGAAAAGGAAAGAGAUUUCUACUUUGGGAAGUUGAGAGAGAUUGAGCUACUCUGCCAAGAGCAUGGGCAGGAAAAUGAUGACCUCGUGCAGCGACUAAUGGAAGUACUCUAUGCUUCAGAAGAACACGAGGGCCACACAGAAGAGCCGGAAGCCGAGGAGCAAGCCCAUGACCAGCAGCCCCAGCAGCAGGAAGAGUACUGACCCGUCUCAGCAGCUCUUGACACUUCCAUUGUGCGUGGGAACUUUUCUUCUGGAGAAUUGGAACACGUGCAGCCUCAAGCUCAACAGAAACCAGUUGUUCCCAGUCUGCCGUUACCAUCAAUGCACUGUUGCGUAUGCCAGCCACUGCGCUUGGUUCCCAUUUCCUUUGCCAAGAUGCAUUAGCUGACGGUCAUUCUGGCCGCCUACCUGAGAGAUCAUAGGGUCACAUACCUUCAACUUCACCAUUUGGCUGCUUGAGAUUGGUUCUGCUCUUUUCCUCGUUUCUUUCCAGAACAACUUUCCCUACCCCAAAACCACUUCCACCACCACCACCCCUUUUUAUCCUGGUGUGAAACAAUGGUAAUUUGAUAUAUGGUAUUUAUAUUGGCAUUUCUCAACCCAGUGUCACUAGAUGUCACACGCAUUUGUGGUGCUUUGAUGUUUGCAAGUCUAACUUCUGAACAUAAAUUUGGUCAAAGAAUUGGAACAAAGGGAAACAGAUACUUGAUAUGAAAGCCAUAAUGACAGUGACUUGUGUCAUGAGGGGAAACAUAGGGUCAGUUUCUCCCUCUUGUCACAACACUAAAGGGAAAAAAAAUGGAUUCAAAACUAGGACUUCAGGGCCCAGCAGUGUUCAUAGAGCAGCAUGUUAGACAACCAUACAGUAUGUUGUUAGUUUUGAAAGACAUUUACUCAAGGAAAACACCAUCUCAACUUUGCCCUCUCUCCGCGUGCCCCUCCCCUCCCAUCCUCCUCCCCUGGUUCCCAUGUUAUUUUCUUUCUCAGGGUCCUCUUUGGUGGGCAGCCACUCUCCCAAGAUGUUGUCAUCAGUAAUCUGCAGUCCACAGGGGGUCUUAGUAGGUGCAGGUCCUCCUGGCUGGUCCCUCUUCCUCCUCGUGUGGCUUUCAACCCAAAUCCUGUCAUCCACACUAAGGGAUCCCUACUAAAGGAUAACUUCAAGUGUGCAGCCCAAGCUCCAGGGUUCUGCAUCAUAUUGCACACUGGCUGGAAGGCUGGAAGUGAAGACCUAAUUAAUAGGAGCAUAAUUCCAAGGGAGAAUCCUGAUUCUGCAGUCUGGUGUUAACACUGGAAUAACAGCACAGAAAAACCUAUGACUCUCAAUAUCUUCUGGAAUAAGGAAUUUCCCCUCUUUAACACAAGGGCCCUCCUUGUCAUUGACAUUUGCUAAACCAUGGCAAUUCAUAAACAGAGAAACAUUAAUGAAUUAAAAGCAUUCCUUAUUUUUUUAACUAAUAUUUGCACAUUUUCUUAGUCUCUUUCCAAAUCUUUGCCUCCCUCCUCCCCCCCACACACCUUUUGACAGAUGGUAUCCCUUCCUGGAUCAUUCAGUUUCACUUAAUUUCUAAAUUUAGGUUGACUUUCACUUGUUAUUUGACUUAGCAGGUGCAACAACAACAAAAUGUGCCCACCCCACUUUCCGCUUAACUGAAAAGCUUAAAAUAAAUUUCUGAAUUGUGUAUCAUCAAGCUUUGAAAUUUCUUUAUUAAGUGAUGAAAUACCAAUUCUAAAUUCUGGCAUUGAAGCUUGGCACCAAAAGAAGUCUUUCCAAAAUAAAUCUUUUGCAGCAAAGUGGUAUUUAUUGAGUUCUAUGUGGAAAAGAUGGCUUGUAUUUUUGAGAUUAUUACAACACACUGUGCAGAAUUGGACAGAUGUUUUGUGGUGUUUGGUUUCCCUUUCUUCUCUCUCCUGCUCACUCUGCACACAGCGGCAGCUCAUUUCUCUGAGGCUGGAAAGCCUGGCUCCUGGCAGUGACAUCCUCCCUCACCUGGUUACAGGUAGUGGCUGUGCUAUACACAGUGUCUUGCUUAACAGUGUGUUGCCCUCCUGAACCCAUUGUACUCGCUGAUGUUUUACAAAUAGCUCUUGUAAAGAGGCACAAUAAAUAACUCCUUGCAGAUACUUCGGUGGUUCCUAGGCCGCCAUUCAUCUUCCCCAACAUCUCAGUAGUACCCAGUGCCAGGUGGUUCCUGUCACGUAGAUGUACAUGAAUGUGUACCAGAGUGUCAGGAUCCAGUCUUCUCCAGAACCACUUGUUAGUGUGGAAAUUAUACUUUCCACAAACCUCCCUGAUGACUCUUGCUGGAACCACUCUUGUUCUCUCCAGCUCCCCAACUUUCUCGGCUAGAGACAUGCUAGCCUGUAAAGAAUACCAUAAUCCAUUCUUCCUGAUGAUUUGGGGCAGAUUAUUCAUUCAUUUAGAAAGAGCCAUAGAUUCUCUGUCCCCAUCUUAAACAUCUUCUGCUGUGCUUUGCCCGGAUGAUGUCCCAGAUGCUUUGGGGAAUCUUUAACAGCUGUGUUUUGGAGUCGGUCUUGGGCCGCAACCCCUGCCUCUGUAUGACCACCACUUGUUUCCCACAGAUAGUGGGACCCCAUCGCUGUUUCAUCCUGUCGUUCAGGACAUGGGUUCCUCCGUGCCCCACCCCCAGUAGCAUGUCAUCAUUGCUAGGCAGAGAGGUAUUCCUUGCUGUGUGCCCUGCUGCUGCUUCUCAGGAAGAUGGAUUUCUUUCCUCGUCCUCCCCUCUCACCCACUGUUGGCUGGUUAUAGCACUUCCCAUUGCUGCUGUCAGAUUGGAAGUGAUUGAAGCAGGGGGCAAAGAGAAAGCUCAUGCUCAUUCUAAGCAGAAAAGCAGGAAAAAAAAAAAAAAAA